AUGGCUGGGACCGGACGUGGUCCUCACAAGCGGGACAGCCGGCAGCGCGCGGGGGAACCGAGGAAACACCCAGCACAGAGCAGAGCCCGGCUGCGGCGGCGGCCUCCAUGCCAGAGCGGUCUGCACCCAGCUGGCCCGGCCUGCCGGCCGCCUCCCAGGCUGCUCUUGCUGGCCGCGCAGGGAAGGCCAGGCCCUCGAGGGCCAGCCGGUGCCCCGGCUCCGAGCCAGCGGCCUGCACCGACCAGGACGGACAGGAGCACAGAGGGCCGGCCCCACCGCGAGAAGCUGGAGCUGGUGGCCUCCUUCUCCUUCUUCGGCAAUGUCAUGUCCAUGGCCAGUGUGCAGCUGGCAGGAGCCAAGAGGGACGCGCUGCUCCUGAGCUUCAAGGAUGCCAAGCUCUCGGUGGUGGAGUACGACCCCGGCACGCACGAUCUGAAGACCCUGAGUCUGCACUACUUCGAGGAGCCUGAGCUGCGGCGGUCCAGUUUCCUGCCCAGCUACAUCAUUGACGUGCGAGCCCUGGACGAGAAGCUGCUCAACAUCGUGGACCUGCAGUUCCUGCACGGCUACUACGAGCCCACCCUGCUCAUCCUGUUCGAGCCCAACCAGACCUGGCCCGGGCGCGUGGCCGUGCGGCAGGACACGUGCUCCAUCGUGGCCAUUUCCCUGAACAUCACGCAGAAGGUCCACCCCGUCAUCUGGUCCCUCACCAGCCUGCCCUUCGACUGCACCCAGGCUCUGGCCGUGCCCAAGCCCAUAGGCGGGGUGGUGAUCUUCGCGGUCAACUCCCUGCUGUACCUGAACCAGAGCGUGCCGCCCUACGGCGUGGCCCUCAACAGCCUGACCGCCGGCACCACCGCCUUCCCCCUGCGCACCCAGGAGGGCGUGCGCAUCACCCUGGACUGUGCCCAGGCGGCCUUCAUCUCCUACGACAAGAUGGUCAUCUCGCUCAAGGGCGGCGAGAUCUACGUGCUGACCCUGGUCACGGACGGCAUGCGCAGCGUGCGGGCCUUCCACUUUGACAAGGCGGCCGCCAGCGUCCUCACCACCAGUAUGGUCACCAUGGAGCCCGGGUACCUGUUCCUCGGCUCCAGGCUGGGCAACUCCCUGCUCCUCAAGUACACGGAGAAGCUGCAGGAACCCCCCGCGGGCGCCGGCCGCGAGGCGGCUGACAAGGAGGAGCCGCCCUCCAAGAAGAAGCGCGUGGACGCAGCCACCGGCUGGUCAGGCAGCAAGUCGGCGCCGCAGGACGAAGUGGACGAGAUCGAGGUCUACGGCAGCGAGGCCCAGUCGGGCACGCAGUUGGCCACCUACUCCUUUGAGGUGUGCGACAGCAUCCUCAACAUCGGGCCCUGCGCCAACGCCGCCAUGGGCGAGCCCGCCUUCCUGUCGGAGGAGGGCGAGCUGCGGAUCAGCGUGCUGCCUGCCUACCUGUCCUACGACGCCCCCUGGCCCGUCCGCAAGAUCCCCCUGCGCUGCACGGCCCACUACGUGGCCUACCACGUGGAGUCCAAGGUGUACGCCGUGGCCACCAGCACCAACACACCCUGCACGCGCAUCCCGCGCAUGACCGGCGAGGAGAAGGAGUUCGAGACCAUCGAGAGAGACGAUCGCUACGUCCACCCGCAGCAGGAGGCCUUCUCCAUCCAGCUCAUCUCCCCGGUCAGCUGGGAGGCCAUCCCCAACGCCAGGAUCGAGCUGGAGGAGUGGGAGCACGUCACCUGCAUGAAGACGGUGUCCCUGCGCAGCGAGGAGACCGUGUCCGGCCUCAAGGGCUACGUGGCGGCUGGGACCUGCCUGAUGCAGGGCGAGGAGGUCACCUGCCGCGGGCGGAUCUUGAUCAUGGAUGUGAUCGAGGUGGUGCCCGAGCCCGGCCAGCCCCUGACCAAGAACAAGUUCAAGGUCCUGUAUGAGAAGGAGCAGAAGGGCCCCGUGACAGCGCUGUGUCACUGCAACGGCCACCUGGUGUCGGCCAUUGGCCAGAAGAUCUUCCUGUGGAGCCUGCGGGCCAGCGAGCUGACGGGCAUGGCCUUCAUCGACACGCAGCUGUACAUCCACCAGAUGAUCAGCGUGAAGAACUUCAUCCUGGCGGCCGACGUCAUGAAGAGCAUCUCGCUGCUGCGCUACCAGGAGGAG